AUUGUGAAAAGCGUGUAAUGGCGGCCUGGCUCCUACACUAGUGUGUACACAUGGGAAAUACAGCCGAUUUGCUGCAUUUAUCUGCAGGAUUUCAGGAGUUUUAAAUUAUUAUUCAUCCGACCGUCGAUUGAAGUCUUUUCUCAGGAUUAUUAUUCACAAUAAUAAGCAUGUCCGUGUUUGGAGGAUUGUGGAGGAGCGCUGUAAACUUGUGUCAAUCUUCGAGACUCUUCAGCACAGGCUCCUGUGCUCGAAUACGAAUGCACGCCAUUCCCAAACUCAAAGAAGUGGACCGCUGGACGGAGAAGAGGAGCAUGUUUGGGGUUUACGAUAACAUCGGUAUUCUGGGCGACUUUAAAGCUCACCCUAAAGACAUGAUCCGGGGUCCGGUGUGGGUGCGCGGCUUCAGAGGAAACGAGCUUCAGCGGCUGUUGAGGAAGAGGAAUAUGGUUGGAGACCGCAUGAUGACGGAGGACCGACACAACCUGCAGAAGAGGAUCAGUCACCUGUACCGCCGCUUCAACAGACACGGCAAACACAGAUAAAGAGAGAUACAUACACACACACACACACACACACACACACGUUCAUAUGAAACAGCAGGGGGCCUGUAUUACAAAAGAUUGAGCUUGAGUUCUGUACGCUGAACACCACCACACCUGUACUGAUACACACUCAUUCAUGUGUUGACAAAUGUUCAUUAAACUGUAGAAAAUGGUGUGUAUUACAAAA